AUGGCGGAAGACUAUGAUGUUUCGCCCAGGGGGCGACUCUAUCCUGCGAGCGCCGCCGCCGCCGCUCGAGCUGGUGAGGGAAGGCUGGACCCGAUUCCCGACUUCAACAUAGGCGCUUCUGUUUCUGGGACCGGAGAUGAAGGCGACUCUGGUAGUCUGGGUGACGAUGCGCAGCUCAUCCCGGACUUCGAAGGAGUCGGCGAGCACAAGCCUGCAGGGCUGUGCUCCCCUCCCGCAUCUCCUCUAGAGCCGUUCGGGAUCAAGGCUCCGUCAACGCCAAUGUCGUCGUCAUUUGGACUAUCACCAGCCUCGCAUUUGCGGCCACCGGUUCCAGGAGCGGCGUCGCGCUCUCCCCUGCUGCGGGCCUUGGGACGUGGUGCAAUGCUAGCCGAUCGCCGCCCCUCAGCCGCCAGCAUCAUCAGCAACAACAGUGAUCGUUCUCGAGGCAGCCGUCAAAACGCCAGUAUCAUUGGCCUCAUUCGGGACCUAUACAUAGCUAACCUGGACAUGCCGAGGUGGAAUGAGACGGAGGAUGUCCCGGAGUAUGAAACAUGGCCGCCUGAAAUGGAUGCCCAGGUCAGGACUCUCUUGAAGGACGUGACUGAGCCUCCCCAUGAGGGUAUGCUGGACAGGGCAGACACGUAUCAAAUGCUUCAGAAAGAGAUUGCUGAGGCGAGCCAUGCUGUCCAGGAUGUUUGGCGGAAUGUGCUGAAGCUAUACGACGUUGCUAUGAAAGGCAAAGUAGACGCUCUUCUUGCUCUCGGCGACGCGCAGAGCAAGAUCUAUGAACAGCAGCAGAAUGCCACCCGAGCCCAAGAGGCGAUGCGUGAGGAAUCUGAGCGGAACGAAGAUCUCCACCGAACGGCCGAGUUGUUCGAAGCAGAGAAUAACGAACUUCGGCAGCAAAUCGCACGCCUGGAGGAACGAAACCAAACUCUAGCCACGGCCUCGGCCAUGCUUGAGACAAGGUGCGCCGAACUUGAAACUGCGCAGCAAACACAACGUGAGGUUCUGGAAGACGUCGUCGCCGGAUGGGAACCGUUGGACGAGACGGCGGCGUCCCGAUCACCCACCGGCGGCCGAGAUGACCAUGAUGCCUGGUCUCAGCGGAUUCGAGAUGCCCUGGACGACGCCCGCGCUGCCGCUGUAGUCAACAACGCCCGCUACAGAGAGCUUCAGGAUAGAUACGACGAGCUGAAAGCGGCAGCGGAUGAGGCCAGGAAGCAGCCCAGAUUACAAGGGACGCUUUCCAGGGGGAACUCGGGCUUGGAGCUCAGGGUGAAGGAACUGGAGCUUCGGAACCAAGCGCUCAAGGCCGAACUCAAUGCUGAACGGGCGCUCAGCCUGAAGAGGAACCAAGAAGACACCCAACUGAUGAUAGACUUGCCUGAUCAAUACGCAGCGCUUGAGCGGAAACUUGAACAACUCAAGCAGAAGCUUGAUGAGCAGGGUGCGGAGGCUGCCCUCGCACAUGCAGGAUAUAAGCAAGGCGUUGACAGCAUCGAGACUUCCGUGCAGUACUUGCAUGCCAUGCUUGCCCGUAUUCUCGGUGGGCUUGGACGUGAUCCGGGACUGCCUCCCUUGCCCCGAAAUGCCCAGCAGCCUCUCCUGCCUACUCAAGUCAUCCGCGACAUGGUGGACAGCCAGCUCAAAGCCGUGGAAGUCAACCGGGCAGUCCUGGAUCAAUUAACGGCCAGGUUUGACGGCACCGUCGAGCGAGUAUCAAAAGAGAUGGCGGAGGUCAACGCGACGCACGUCAAGCAAAUACAAGAGUUCUGGGCAGAGCUGGAGAGGGCCAUUGUCGCAGCCGAAGGUUUGGAUGAAGAGCGCAAACAAGCGGAGAAGCGCCUGGCAUCCGUCGAACGCGAAAAGGCGUUGCUGCAAUGCGAACUCGAUGCCCUUCGACAACAAGCGCCUUCAGAAUGGUCGAAUUCCAAGGACAUCGGCGAACAAGCCAGCCAACCAUCAAUCUAUAUUGGCGCCGCCAACGCUACCUCCCAACGCAGCUGGAGAUCGCAAACAUCGUUUUUAUCAAGCCCUGGUUCUCAUUAUUCGUUCAGGGGGUUAGGGCAUAUCACGUUCCCCGGUGGCGAGUACGAAAUUGAGUAUCUUCUAGGCGUCAGACGGCUCCUUGCCAAGCUCAAGGCGGACUUAGCGCAGAUGGCCAACGAGGACUCAAACGACAAGGACGCGAAAAUCGCUAUCCGCGGCUGUCUCAACCAGCUCCACAUAAUGCUCGACGGGCUCAAGUCCCUGGAUCCCAAUACGCCGACUGAAGACCUCAUUGCGGCUUUUGCAGGAUUUUUGGAGGAGCACCUGGCGAAUGAUUCUGAGAUCGAUCUGUGGAGUAUCCAAAUCGAUCUCCGAGUACACGACAUGCACUUCAGAGCCUUGCUGAAACUCGAACAGUACACUUCGAAGCCUUCUGACUCUGAGGGAGAUUUGCUGAGAGGCAUUGAGAAAAAGAUCAGCGCCGUGCAAGGUCUUCAGAUGGAACAAUCAAGAUUGCUCGAGCAAUACGAGACGUACCGCGCACGGCGCCCUGAUCAACCACUCAGCUCCAGACGGUCACGCGAGGCCGUGCGACUUGUCGGCACCUUCCUUGAGAAAGCUGGCGACACGUGGAGUUUGCAAGCCCCAGCAGGCCGGGAGGGUACUGCGGCGAUGGCGCAGUGUAUUGCCCAAAUCCAGCAGUUGACAGCAGACUCGUUCAUGGAGGAGAAACGGCGGGAGCUGCAGGACGGGAUACGCAUUCAGGAAGUUCAGUUGGCCGAGCUAGAGCAGAAGAGGUCCCGGAUAAUGAAGCUGGUUGCUCUCGGCAGGAGGCAAUUGGAGGCCUUCCACAGGCUGCAAAAACGUCCGGGGAAUACCGCCAGCAAGGUAGAUGAGCGAUGGAAGGUAGCCUUCAAAGCCCACAUCGACCGACACGAACGCGAGCUCCUCAGGGAACAUGUCUUCUUCGGGAGACGUAUUCAGCAACUGGAUGAGAAGCGAGCAAAAACCCAGGCCUUCCUCGACUCCGAGGCCGCCUCCGACCGCCACCGAGCGGAGCAAAUCCUGACCGAAACCCUCCUCAGGAUCCAGGCGUCGGCCCUACCGAGCCAGCACGGCGAAGCCGCCUGCUUCUGCACGCUUCUCCGUUGCCUCUUCCCGCGGAUCUACUACUCGACCGUCAAGGGCGGGUGCUGCGCCGGCGGCAGAACGGCCCCGUCAGGAGCAGAAAAGACCAUCUCCUCGGAAGCAAUCCUUCCCUCCUCCUGCCACGGCCACCACGGCCACGGCGCCCUCUCCAUGUCGUGGGGUCCCUGGAUCUCCAUCUGCCGCAUCCUCACCUCGUUCGCAUGGCUCCUCAUGCUGGUUCUUGUGCAACCUUCCAACGUCUUCGCGACAAUCGCCUUCCUCCUGUCGAUCCCCCUCGGUCUGCCAGGCUACAUCUACCGCCUCGCUUCCUAUGCCCUAUCCUACACAUAUUUCCACAUCCGCCGCCUCCUCCUCCUCCGUCGCUUCCAUACCUCUCUCCAAGAAGCGGAAAGCCAGGAAGAAGACGCGCAGAAGAAUCUUCCACAACCACGACUUCAACCCCCAAAGCUCGACUGGCCUCAUCAAAUCCCUCCUCCGGCAUCCACCAUGGUCGGCUCCGCCGUGACGCUCCUCCUGGCCUACGCCUGGCUGUCGUACGUGGCCGUGCUCGCCGAGCGGCGCAUCUGGAUGGCCGACAACGACUGGCGGUAUGCCUACGUUGCGGAUCUCACGGCCGCGAAAGCGUCUUGCCCGACAUACCUGGCUUGGUCGCCUGUCCGGGUGGACUACCGGCUUGUGACGCAGCCGCUGUGGGUUUGGUUCUCGGAGGGGGUGCAUCGGCUUUUUGAGUGGAAGCGGCCGUUGAUCUGUCUUCUUGAGCUGUCGGCAACAUGA